CGCCCCAUUACAAAAAAAAAAACCUGUGCUCCCCUCCGCACAGUUGCGAGACAGCAUCCAACGACGAAGUUAUGUCAAUCUGCCGGCUGCAAACGCGUGCAUCGUCCAUCUUUACCACCUCGAUCCGGCUGUUCAGUUCUGCGAUUGCGAAAAGCAUGGAGAAGCACGAAGUCGUCCCCGACGUGGUGCCGGUCGCCCCGGCCGAGGUGGCCAAGGUAACCUACCCGAGCGGUGCCAUCGUCAGCGAGGGCAACGUACUCACCCCCACGCAGGUAAAGGACGUGCCGAAGGUGGAAUGGAACGCGGACAGUGGCGCCCUGUACACGCUCUGCAUGACCGAUCCGGAUGCGCCGAGCCGCAAGGAACCGACGUACCGCGAGUGGCACCACUGGCUGGUCGGCAACAUUCCCGGGGCCGAUGUAGCGCAGGGCGAAACGCUGUCGGCGUACGUGGGCUCGGGCCCACCGCAGGGAACCGGCCUCCAUCGGUACGUGUUUCUGGUGUACAAACAGAACGGCAAGCUGACGUUCGAUGAGCCGCGGCUGACCAACACGAGCGCGGACAACCGUGGCGGAUUCGCCAUCCGCAAGUUUGCCGAGAAGUACCAGCUGGGCAAUCCGGUGGCGGGCAACUUCUAUCAGGCCGAGUGGGACGAUUAUGUGCCGCUGCUGUACAAGCAGCUGGGUGCAUAAAAAUGGUGCCCGAAACCGAAGCCAGUGCUCUAAAUUGGCUUAAUUGGAGGUUCUGGAAACCCUCGUACCAUAUUGCACUUAUUGCCCAAUACGGGGAAGGAAAAUGGUGGCGUCCCGGUUGCAUCGGUAGAAAUUGCUAGAAGCAAAUGAUGGAAAAGAAAAAAGGAAAAAAAAACAAGGCAAACAAGAAUAAAAAUAAACACUACUGAUAAACCCCCCGCA